CGGUAACACUUUGCCCAUGAACAAGGAUUCGAAUCCCUCUCUUUUUAGCCUACUUAAACUUCUCCAUACAUUUUCCUCCACUUUCCUUCAAACCAAACAUGCAUCAUUUCUUUUUCUACUUCGUCUUUCUCUCCCUCGUUCUCUCACCAACUUCCUCUUCGCCUGCAGAACUCCAACUGCUCAUGCAAAUCAAGGCCUCCCUCGACCCACAUAACCGGUUCUUGAACUCAUGGGAACCCAACACUGACCCUUGUGCUGGCUCUUUUGAAGGCGUCGCUUGCAAUGAGCAACGCCGUGUGGCCAAUAUUUCUCUUCAGGGGAAGGGUCUCUCCGGCCAGAUACCCCCGGCUAUAGGUAGGCUUAAGAGUUUAACUGGUUUGUAUCUGCAUUUCAAUGCUCUUACUGGCGACAUACCGAAAGAGAUAGCUGAGCUAACUGAUCUCACUGAUUUGUAUCUUAAUGUGAAUAAUCUGUUUGGGGAGAUUCCACCUCAGAUUGGCAGCAUGUCUAAUCUUCAAGUUUUGCAGCUGUGUUGCAAUAAGUUGACUGGGAGUGUACCAACUCAACUGGGUUCUCUGAAGAAGCUUAAUGUCCUUGCUUUACAAUAUAAUCAUUUAACUGGUGCAGUUCCUGCAAGCUUGGGAGAUUUGAGUUUGUUAACAAGGCUGGAUUUGAGCUUUAAUGGUCUUUUUGGCUCAAUACCAGUAAAAUUAGCUAAUGCCUCUAUGCUACAAGCUCUAGACAUUCGUAACAACAGUCUCUCUGGGAAGGUACCUCCAGCUUUGAAGAGGCUGAAUAGUGGAUUCCAGUAUGACAACAACCCUGGUUUAUGUGGAAUUGAGUUUCCUAACUUGGAAACGUGUACAGCUUCUGAUCAUCUAAACCCAAAUAGAUCUGAACCUUUCAAACCUAGUGGUGCUUUGCAAAAGGAUAUCCCAGAAUCUGCAAAUGUACCUUCUAAUUGCAGCCAAACUCACUGUUCAAAUUCAUCCAAAAACCCGCAGUUUGGUGUCAUAUUUGGUGUAAUGGGAAUUUUCAUUGCAUUAACUGUCACUGGACUUCUCACAUUCACAUGGUACCGUCGCCAGAAACAGAAAAUUGGAAGUGCAUUUGAUACUUCAGAUAGCCGGCUUAGUACUGACCAGCUCAAGGAGGUUUAUAGGAAGAGUGCCUCACCACUUAUCAGCCUAGAGUAUUCCAAUGGGUGGGAUCCCUUGGCCAUAGGCCAGAGCAAAAAUGGGCUCUCUCAGGAAUUUCUUGAGAGCUUCAUGUUCAAUUUAGAAGAGGUGGAACGAGCGACUCAGUGCUUCUCAGAGGUGAAUUUGUUGGGGAAGAGUAAUUUCUCGGCCACCUACAAGGGAAAUUUAAGAGAUGGAUCAAUUGUUGCUGUAAAGUGCAUCACUAAAACAAGUUGCAAAUCUGAUGAAGCUGAUUUUUUGAAGGGUGUGAAGAUUUUGACCUCAUUGAAACAUGAAAAUCUGGUGAGGUUGAGAGGCUUUUGUUGUUCAAAAGGAAGGGGGGAGUGUUUUCUCAUUUAUGAUUUUGUCCCAAAUGGAAACCUGUUGCAGUAUCUUGACAUAAAGGAGGGCAAUGGGAGGAUUCUUGAAUGGUCAACCAGAAUAUCUAUCAUAAAUGGCAUUGCCAAAGGUCUUGGGUAUUUACACGGUAAUAAAGGAAACAAACAUUCUCUGUUCCAUCAGAACAUAUCAGCUGAGAAAGUGCUCAUUGACAAACGAUACAAUCCAUUGCUCUCGGAUUCAGGCUUGCACAAACUCCUUGCAGAUGACGUUGUCUUCUCCAUUCUCAAAGCUAGUGCUGCCAUGGGAUACCUAGCUCCUGAGUACACAACUACUGGUCGUUUUACUGAAAAGAGUGAUGUUUAUGCAUUUGGUAUGAUUGUACUUCAAAUCCUCAGUGGAAAGCGAAUAGUCACUGCAAUGGCUCGCCAUGCAGUGGAAUCAUGCAAGGUGGAAGACUUUAUUGAUGCAAAUCUUGGGAGAAAGUUCUCAGAAUCAGAAGCUGCCAAACUUGGGAGAUUAGCACUUCUUUGCACUCACGAAUCUCCUAAUCACAGGCCCACAAUGCAAGCUGUGUUGGAGGAACUAAGUGAAUUUAUUGUCACUCCUUAACUUAUAUUUAAGAAUUCAGAAAUCAGAAUUGUGGACAUUUUGCCUCAAUUUUCAACGUCAAGAGGCAAGACUUCGAUCCUUUACUUACUAGCUGAUAUUGAAGCACAGUUGCUAAUUUUUACCUAACCAUGUUGACAUGUCCUUUCUUGAGGAUUGCUGCCAUGUUAUGAUAUGUAGGGAGUUGUAUUCAACUGAACAAGUUUUCUUGUAUACAGUGGCGAAUUUUAGGGGACCCUGCCCCCUAACUGGAUUACUGUUACCCAUAGUCUAUAUUAAAUUUUUUCUUUUUUAAUAUUAAGUGCAAUUAUUUGGAUUAAUGUUACCAAUAACUCAGACUAAUAUUAAGCGCAAUUAUUUCUGAUCCCA